UUAUCCAAAAACUUGUAAAAAACACAUCGGUUUGGUGAAGUUUGACAAAGCUUUUAAAAUUUGUAAGUGAAUUUUACUGUAUUAAGAUUUUUUGCCAAGCAGAAUUCUUAAACAAUAAGUUGAAUAUUUCAUCAGGUGUAAACGGUGUGUUCACAAACGAGUAAAAACGACGAUAUCGGCGAUUUCCACCGGACUAGGGUCUAUAAUGGCAGCCAGCGAUUCUGCAGGCGAUGAUUCUUUGUAUCCCAUCGCCGUUCUGAUUGACGAGCUGAAAAACGAAGAUGUUCAGCUUCGCCUCAACUCUAUCAAAAAACUAUCCACAAUCGCUCUGGCUCUCGGUGUCGAAAGAACCAGAACAGAACUCAUUCCUUUUCUCACGGAGACCAUCUACGACGAGGAUGAAGUGCUGCUGGCAUUAGCCGAACAACUGGGAACUUUCAUAACCUUGGUUGGCGGCCCAGAGUACGCCUCUUGUUUGUUGCCUCCUCUAGAGAGCCUCGCUACUGUAGAAGAAACAGUGGUACGUGACAAAGCGGUUGAAUCACUGAGAGCCGUGGCGCAACAGCAUAGUCCCGCUGAUCUUGAGGCUCACUUCGUGCCCUUGGUGCAGAGAUUGGCUGCCGGAGAUUGGUUCACCACCAGGACGUCUUCUUGUGGGCUAUUUUCGGUGUGCUAUCCUAGAGUGUCUGCAACGAUGAAGCAAGAGCUCAGAUCUCAUUUCAGGGCUCUUUGCCAAGAUGACACGCCAAUGGUUCGUAGAGCUUCAGCCACGAAGUUGGGCGAGUUGGCCCAAGUUGUGGAAUUAGAAUAUUUGAAAUCGGAUCUAAUUCCUAUGUUCGUAAAUUUAGCUCAAGAUGAACAGGAUUCUGUCAGGCUCCUAGCGGUAGAGGCGUGUGUCAGUAUUGCAACUUUAUUAGCCCAAGAAGAUGUAGAACAAUUAGUGAUGCCCACGUUGCGACAAUGCACGGGCGACACUUCGUGGAGGGUCCGGUACAUGGUAGCCGAAAAAUUCACGGAACUCCAGAAAGCCGUUGGCCCCGAGAUCACUAGGACGGACCUCGUCCCCGCGUUCCAAAGCCUCCUGAAGGACUCGGAGGCGGAGGUCCGCGCCGCGGCCGCCAACAAAGUCAAAGACUUCUGUCAGAACCUAGACAAAACUCACCAGGAAAACAUCAUAAUGACGAACAUACUGCCUUGCAUCAAGGACCUCGUUGCAGACCCGAACCAGCACGUCAAGUCCGCUCUGGCUUCCGUCAUAAUGGGACUGAGCCCGAUAUUGGGCAGGCACAACACUAUCGAGCAUCUUUUGCCCCUUUUCCUGACACAGCUUAAAGAUGAGUGCCCCGAAGUCAGGCUGAACAUUAUCUCAAACUUGGACUGCGUCAAUGAGGUGAUCGGCAUCCAGCAGCUGUCACAAUCGUUGCUGCCGGCCAUCGUCGAACUUGCGGAGGAUUCCAAGUGGAGGGUUAGAUCGGCGAUCAUCGAGUACAUGCCGCUGCUGGCUGGCCAGCUUGGCAGGGAAUUCUUCGAUGAGAAGCUGAACGCUCUGUGCAUGACGUGGCUGAUGGACCAUGUUUUCGCUAUCAGGGAGGCAGCUACGAUGAAUCUCAGGAAGCUCGUCGAUCAGUUUGGAGCCGAGUGGGCGGAAAGUACGAUAAUCCCUAAGGUUUUGGCAAUGUCUCGAGACCAAAACUACCUCUACCGAAUGACCUGCCUGUUUUGCAUAAACGUUCUGGCUGAAGCAUGCGGCAGUGACAUAACGACUAGGUUGCUCCUCCCGACAGUCCUGAGCAUGGCCAACGAUAAAGUAGCGAAUGUUAGGUUCAACGUAGCUAAAACUCUGCAGAGAAUAGCGCCGCAACUGGAUCAGGCUGUCAUCCAGCCACAAGUGAAACCAGUUCUCGACAAACUUAACGUCGACAACGACGUUGAUGUGAAAUAUUCCGCGUCGGAAGCCAUAACGGGGAUUGCUGCUCUAGGUUGAGUGAAAGGGUAUCAGAAGAAGGGAUGUAAAAGCAGAAAUAACAAUAACAGUACAGAUUGGAAACUCAAAUUCAAAUCUAUUAUACAUAUUAAAAUGAUUAAUCUCAUAGAUUGUAAUAUCACAUGAUUGUUGUGCUCUAUUAUUUCAAUAAAAGAAAAAGUGUAAUAUAGCGUUUUUAGAAGUUUAGUAUCAAAAUCUUUUAGUACUAUUGUCGAAGCUAUUUUCAGUUUUUAAUUAUUUAUUGGAUUUUUUUUUUAUAUUUUGCAUGUGAAAGGAAAUGAUAUUACAAACUUAGAAAGAAAGUUCAAAUUUAUCUUUGGUUUUAUACUAUAAGAUUGUUUUGUAUUAUAAGUAGUUCUUUAUAUGAAAUAAAUUUCAAGUAUUAUUUA